AUGGCUGCACAAUCCAAACCAGCUCCCAUCUCGCCAUGGGGAAAGGCCGUUGCUGGCGCAUCCGGUGCUGUACUUGCCAACGCUUUGGUGUACCCUCUUGACAUCGUCAAGACGCGACUCCAGGUCCAAGUCAAGUCCCAGUCCACCACCAUCACGACCGACCCGACCGACCCUAUUGAGCCUCACUACUCGUCUACCUGGGAUGCCUUGAGCAAGAUCGUUGCCGACGAUGGCCUCAAAGGCCUGUAUGCCGGCAUGAGCGGCUCUCUCCUUGGCGUUGCCUCCACUAACUUUGCCUACUUCUACUGGUAUUCUGUUGUUCGCGCUCUUUACCUGCGCUCGGCCAAGACCUCGGCGCCGCCUUCGACACUGGUUGAGCUGAGCCUUGGUGCCGUUGCUGGUGCCGUCGCCCAGCUCUGCACAAUCCCCGUUGCCGUCAUUACGACAAGACAACAAACCCAGCGAAAGACGGAGAGAAAAGGUUUCGUCGAUACUGCCCGAGAAGUGAUUGAUGGGGAGGACGGUCCCUUUGGCUUGUGGAGGGGCUUGAAGGCGAGCUUGGUGUUGGUCGUCAACCCUGCCAUCACUUACGGUGCCUACGAGAGACUCAAGGAAGUCGUGUUUCCUGGAAAGAAUAACCUCAAACCGUGGGAGGCAUUCCUUCUCGGCGCUGCCUCUAAAUCUUUGGCAACCAUUGUCACGCAGCCCCUCAUCGUAGCCAAGGUAGGCUUGCAGUCCCGCCCGCCGCCGGAAAGAAAAGGCAAGCCUUUCAGCAGCUUCGUCGAGGUCAUGAACUUUAUUAUAGAGCGCGAGGGGGUCUUGGGUCUCUUCAAGGGCAUCGGGCCCCAGAUUCUCAAGGGCCUUCUCGUCCAAGGCAUUCUCAUGAUGACCAAGGAGCGGUGA